ACACACACACACACACUCACUAGCAGUAGCGUUCACUGACUGUCGCCAGCGUGUGCAUGUGAACGGAUUCUUGCCCUUUUUUUUUUUUACCAGGGAUCUACGGCCACACGGACCCAGUACGUCAAAAUGUGUGGCUGAAGAACACAACUCGGGAUUACUGUGGUCUAAAUCCCUUAUUUUGUCUUCCUGUGACUGUCCAAAUUGAGGAUUUGCUCCGUCCAGCGCAGCGAUCAUGUCGGGGAAAAUAGAAAGCAAGCACGAAUCCCAGAAGUCUCACCUCUCCUCUUUCGCAUUGAAAUUGAUGAAACUUCAUUCCCCGAUUAAACGAGCUCCAUCUAAGAAGAGCAAACAGCUCCAGCCAGAGCCUACGGUGACUACUCCAGAGAAACCUGUCAACAAGAAGGUGAGUCGGUUGGAGGAACAGGAGAAGGAGGUGGUGAGUGCUCUACGUUACUUUAAGACGAUUGUGGACAAGAUGAACGUCGAUACGAAGGUUUUGCAGAUGCUUCCUGGUUCGGCUAGUAAAGUAUUGGAGGCCAUAUUGCCUGUGAUGCAUGUAGAGGCUCGGAUACAGCACAGCUCGGCAGUGUCCUCCUGUCAUAACCGCGUCUAUCAGAGUUUGGCGAAUCUCAUUCGCUGGUCCGACCAGGUGAUGCUGGAGGGCAUCGACCUCGACGACAAGGAAACUGUGGCAACCGUCACCACGGUGAUCAAAGCUGUGCUGGAUGGUGUGAAGGAGCUGGUGAAACUCACUAUAGAGAAACAGGAGCAACCGUCCCCGACGUCCCCCAGCAAACCAGUGCCUCCUGUGGCCAAAACGGACAGUGUGUGUGAAAAUCCUCUAACCGAGCGAGAGAAAGCGAUCCUGAGUAAGACCACGCCCAUUGUCACGCCCACUGACAGCUUGACUGACAUGUCAGAGGAAGAGGUUGCUCCGCCCAAACCUCCUCUACCUGGAGUAAAACUGGCAGAGCACAGGAACAGGAUGCAGUUGUGCUCCGAUCCUGUUGCCGGGCAGCGGAGGGCCACAGCGAUGGAUACCCCGCCCGCUCUGCCUCCCAAGAAGCGACAGUCGGCCCCCUCCCCCACACGUGUUGCCGUGGUAGCGCCGAUGAGUCGAGUCCCAUGUGGUCUCAACCUGCCUCCUGGAGCUCUUAGACAGCAGCAGGAGUUUGACGUGGAUCUCCUCCAGAGGCGUUUCUCCGGUGGGAGCCAGUCAUACGGCGGGGAUUCUCCUCGUCUUUCUCCCUGUAACAGUAUGGGAAAACUCAGCAAGUCCGACGAGCAGCUCUCGUCACUGGAGCGAGACAGCGGCCAGUGCUCUCGCAACACUAGCUGUGAAACACUAGAGGGAUACGAUCCCGAUUACGACUUCCUGCAUCAGGAUCUAUCCGAAUCCGAGCCUUUACCGUUUCCGACGGGCACUGGCAGCAGUCUGAGCCCUCUCCCAGAAUGCCACGGGGAGUCUCAGUCGUUAAGCCCCGCCCAGGCCCCCGCCCACCCGCGUUUCAGCGCUCCCGUCACCAAUCAGGCUUCCCUGGAGUACUGGACCCCGCCCCUCACACCUGGGCCGACCAAUAGCGUGCUUCCCCCCGCCCUCCCGCAGAAGAAGCGGCGGUCGGUGCCGAUCAUAUCGGCGUACCCUCUUUACGAGCGCCUCCCAUCGCACUACGAGAACCUGUCAGAAGAGGAGCAGCUGCCGCCGCCGUUCCCGCUGCUGAUGCCGGCCUCGCUGCUGCUGCAGGUCAACAGAGGAGACGACGAUUUCUCAUGCUGUACCGACACCGACAGCCCGCCGCCGCUGCCAGAGAAGAAGGGCAAGCAGAUCCUCCAGUACAUGCAGUUUGUGGAGGAUUACUCUGAACCGCAGCCGUCCGUCUUCUAUCAGACGCCUCAGAACGAGAGUAUUUACGAGCAGCGGAGAAACAAGCGCUUUCAGGAGGUUUACGGCUUCAACGAUUCCUACUGUCUCUCUUCUUCCUGUCCCAUGUUUCUCUCUCUUGCGCUCUAGGCCUCCUACACUUCUUCUCCUCCUUCAUCCUCCUCCUCUUCCUCUUUUUCAAUUCUCCCUCCUCCUGCUGGGCUUGCAGAGGAGGCGGAGCCUGCUCUUGGUCUCAGCCUAUCAGUGUCUAACUCCUUCCUCAGUGGCCACGCCUCUUUGACCACACCUGUGAGUUCCGAUCUGGUUGGUUUGACCAAUGCCGGCAGAGCUCUAGAUGGUGGGGGUGUCUCUAACGGGUCCUUGACCAGCUCUCUGGACUCUCUGGCCGUCUGUCUUCCUUCCGAGUCUUCUCUUUCUGAUUCACUUCUUACCUCUGCGAGUGAAAGUGUGGAUGAAGGCGGUGAGGGAGAGUAUGUGAACCUGUACUCCUCCACACAGGCUAAUGGAGAAAACACACACCGCACUGACCCCUCAUCAUGUGACGAUGUGCUUCAGGACCACACCCCUCACAUACCCACCUCCAAUAGCAAGGAAGCCUUGUCUAAGGACAGGCCGAAGAAACCCAGUCAUGGUCAGAUCGAUGAUGUUGAUGAACUGUCCCUCAUUGAUCAUAAUGAGAUUAUGAGCCGCAUCACAUUCAAAGCAGAGAAUGAUGAUGGUCCUGAUGUGAGAGCCGGCUCUGGUGAUAUACUGUUAGUUCACGCUACAGAAACAGACCGCAAAGAUUUGGUGUUGUACUGCGAGGCUUUCCUCACCACCUACAGAACCUUCAUAACGCCUGAAGACCUCAUUAAAAAACUACACUACAGAUAUACUCGGUUCUGUCACAGUCCAGACACCUUUAGGAAGCGUGUCAGUAAAAACACGUUCUUUGUGCUGGUGAGAGUCGUGGAUGAACUCUGUCUGGUGGAGUUGACCGAGGACAUCCUGCGGCAGUUGAUGGAUCUGGUCUUCCGGCUGGUCUGUAAUGGAGAGCUGAGUCUGGCGAGGGUCCUGCGAAAGAACGUCCUCGAUAAAGUGGAACAGAAGAGGCUCCUGCGACACAUGCACAUGCUGAAACCUCUCGCCGCGCGGGGCGUCUCUGCCAGGCCUGGCACGCUGCAUGAUUUCCGCAGUCAUGAGAUCGCCGAUCAGCUGACAUUGCUGGAUGCAGAACUGUUUUACAAGAUUGAGAUUCCUGAGGUGCUGCUUUGGGCGAAGGAACAGAAUGAAGAGAAAAGUCCAAAUCUGACCCAGUUUACAGAGCACUUUAACAACAUGAGCUACUGGGUGCGCUCUAUCAUCAUCCAGCAGGAGAAAGCUCAGGACAGAGAGAAACUGCUGCUCAAAUUCAUCAAAAUCAUGAAGCACUUGCGGAAACUGAAUAACUUCAACUCUUAUUUGGCGAUUCUCUCGGCGCUGGACUCUGCACCAAUCAGACGACUGGAAUGGCAGAAACAGACGUCUGAGGGUUUGGAGGAGUACUGCACCUUGAUUGACAGUUCAUCGUCCUUCCGAGCGUACAGAGCGGCGCUAGCAGAAGUGGAGCCGCCAUGCAUACCAUACCUGGGUUUGAUCCUACAGGACUUGACUUUCGUUCACCUCGGAAACCCGGAUUUUAUUGACGGUAAAGUGAAUUUCUCCAAGCGCUGGCAGCAGUUCAACAUUCUGGACAGCAUGAGACGCUUCCAGCAAGUACACUACGAACUGAAACGGAAUGAAGACAUCGUCUCAUUCUUCAACGACUUUAGCGAUCACCUGGCAGAGGAGGCAUUAUGGGAGCUCUCGCUCAAGAUCAAACCACGAAACAUCUCGCGGCGCAGGACGGAGCGCGAGGAGAAGACCUAGAACCUGAAAUCUAGAACCUCAGAGACAAUUUACGGUGAGACCUGAACCUCCUGCAGAACCUUGGGAACCCACGCUAGAGUUCUUAAUCCGGUUCUGGAGCUGAAUCAACACACGCAAGCUCCUAUUUGCACCAAUAAACUGAGACAUUGGCAGUAUUUUUCCCUGACUGUUGACUUUAAAAACUCACGAGGGGAAUCCCAAUUCAGUAUAGAUAUACAGAUAUGCACUCGCGCGCGCACAGAGGGCUCGAGAGGACCCCAACGCUGUGAUAUAAAGCUAAAUCCUCACAACUUUCCAUGUUUGCGUGUGUUGAUGUGUGGCUGUACAGAAAGACACGCUCUAAGAGGGCUUGGAUCAUUUGAUAUUAAUACACUGUGCCUGAUGGAGUGAGUUCGUGUUUGUUUGUCCCGCUCGGACGUACCGUGUGACCUUCCAAAGGUCUGAUUCAACCUAUGAUUCGCCCAUUUGGAAAUGGGUCGAUUGGGAAACGGGCAGACAUGUGUGCAAUCUUAUAAGCGUUUUAUAAGGAAUAUUCACUGAUCUGUUGAAAUUAAUAUGUUUUGACAGACGCGGUGAGUAAUGGAAUAUAUGGAAUAUAUUAAUUUGAAAAUUAAAGAAUGAACUGGACAUUUGGACUAAUUUUUCACAUCAUCUUGCUAUAUUGUUUUGUGUGUGAUCAUGUGCACCCCUCAUUAUAACUGUUUACCCCGUCACAUGGCUGACAGCCCCUCGAUUUUCCAAAUAAAUCAAGAACGUGCUUUUUUACCUUAAAAUAAAGAAAAUUUUAAAUUGUGACAUUAUUUUCAUGACUUUUUCUUUUCAUGCACAUUUCUUUCUCUUCCCAAUUCUCA